UGCAGGGAAUCUCACCGGGCGAGUUGAUUAAAAGUUAACCCUAACUCUUCCUGAAUAAAACACAUCUGGUUUAAUGUCACAGAUGCUCUGUUUAAAGAGACUUGAAGCAUCAAAGCCACUGAGGUUAGACACUAGAUGUGUUUCUGCGCUCAAAAACUAGAUAAAACUCAACUGGUGGGGUCUCUGGAUGUGAAAGUAAGAAGUUGAGCUUUGUAGAAACAGCAAGCCCUCCUGUCCUGCUGAAAGCCCUGCAAAACCAGCCUGCUCUGGUCUCCGGUUUAGAGGGGUUUUGAGCACUUUUCAGCUGGUCAGGGUAACAAACCUUAGCAACCGAACCGCAGCAAACCAGUUUAGGCUGGGCUCAGAUUCGUGUGAGCGACUCAGUGGAGCGGCUGAUGCAGGUUUGGUGGGUCUGGGUGCGGCUGCACGGCUGUGAUUCACACGCAUGGAGCGCGGUCUUCCUCCACCCACAGCUGCGAUCCACAGGUGAGAGACGAGGCAUGUGACACACCUGACACGAGAGGAGACGCACAGAGACGCUUCACACUGAGACACACACACACAUGGAUUCCUCUGAUCAGGGUAAGACUACACUCAUCCUCACAUCUUCAUGUUCUCCUGCAGUGCAGCAAGGGCUUGUAAUUGACUUGAAAUUUCACAUUUCAUUUUAUUAAACAUGGCACGUUCAUGACUGAGGAGAAACACACUAGACUAGUUUAUUUCCUCUGUUGAAGUUAUAUUUUCUGUUAGUAAUGUGUGAGAGAGUGAUCUGCUGAAUGCUGCGUAACUGGACAAACAGGUGUCUCGCAUACUAGAGGAAUGUUUGAAGACAGAGUCGACAUGAGAUAUUAAUCGCAUGAAACUCAAAAUAGAGUCUGAAACUUAAAGUCUGGAGUCUAAAAAUGGAUGUUUUUCUUUUCAGCAAGUGUUCAGUGAAUGAGGCGCUGAAACCCCAGAAAUGUAUUGUUAUCGUACGUGUUUCUGGAGGCUCUUAAAUGUGUCGGUCUGCUGUCUGUGGUCUCGUGACGUCAGAGUCAGUGUCGGCAGUCUCUUUUUUUGUUAUUGCACAUCUACGGCUCAUGACGGGGUCGUGCUCCAGAGAGCUGAUGAAUGAGUUCAUAGAGUCUGUGUUUAUUAGCAGUGUUGGGAAGUAACUAGUUACAUGAGUUACGUGAUUUAAUUACAAAAUAAAUUGGGCUCUGGCCGUUGCUCCUCCGAGCUGUGUUUGGUUCUGGUGGGCAGCAUCGGCUGUGGGAAGACCAUGACAGCGGACACCCUGCUGGGUCAGAGCUCGGCCCCGGGCCCCUCGGCCGCGUCCCGCGUGAGUCGGAUCCGCAGCGGACUGUCGGCGGGCCGGCGGCUGAGCAUCGUGGAGACCCCCCGCUGGUACUGGCGCGGUCAGGAGCUGGAGGCCCACAUCCAGGAGGAGACCCGGAGCUUCCUCGGCUCCAGCGCUCCCGGGCCCUACGUCCUCCUCAUCCUCAUCCCCAUCGGGGAGUUCACGGAGGUGGAGCAGCGCAUCCCGGAUCAGCUGGAGCGCAUGUUUGGGCCGUCGGUGCUGGCUCACACGCUGGUGCUGCUCACCUGUGGAGAAUACCUGAUGGGCCGCGGUCUGGAGGAGUACCUCGGGAAGGAGGCCGGGCUGCAGGAGGUGGUGAGGAGGUGCCACGGCCGCUGCCACGUGAUCAGAAACCGCAGACCUGACGACAAACAGCAGGUCCUCUCUCUGCUGGAGAAGGUGGAGCAGGUGAUUCAGAGGAACGGAGGAUUUCACCUGGAAACACACGACAGAGACGUCAGAGAGCAGCAGAAAACAGACACGAUGGGGAACGGAGGCGUUGGAGGAAAACAAACACAAAUCAAUACGUUUGACAAGCGCACAGAAGAAACAGGAAGUGAUGUAAUGAUCGAGAGACACCUGAUCAAUGGGCUUCAGUCGCAGCAGCGUGAGUGUGAGGAAACACACACCCAACACACACCGCUGGAGAAAAGCCAGAGCUUCAAACUCAACAAAGAGGGAGCUAUUCUCAGUCAGAUGAUGGAGGUGCCGGAGGUCCAGUACAGCCAGAGCUUCGUCAACAUCAUCCAUCACAGUUUUAACAAGGUUUCGGAUGGCAGUGAGACUCUGUCUGCAGUAUCUUCAUAUUCCUCCUCUGAUCCUCUGGACGACUCUUCUCUGCCGGAGCUGAGGCUGGUUCUGCUGGGUCGGCGUGGUUCUGGGAAGAGUGCGGCCGGGAACAUCAUUCUGGGUCGUGAGGAGUUUGAGCUGCACAGAGAUGAUCUGACGGCGGACUCUCAGCGGUGUGUGAAGGCCCGAGCGCUCGUGCAGGACACGCGGGUGUCAGUGGUUGAUACGCCGGACUGGUUUGAGUCGGAGAGAUCUCCUGAGGAGGUGAAAGCUCAGAUCUCCUCAUGUGUGGCUCUGUUGGCCCCAGGCCCUCAUGCAUUCCUGCUCUGUGUCCCCGUUGACCGUCCCGCUCGUUCUGAGCUGUCGGCCCUGAGCGCGCUGGAGGCCGCAUUCGGACCGGGCGCCGUCAGCCGGCACACGAUCGUCCUCUUCACGAGCUCGGAGCUGCUGCCGGACUCAGCGGAGGUGGAGAAGGUGGAGGCCUACAUCGCCUCCAAGCGGCCGGAGAUGCUGGAGCUGGUGCAGAGAUGCGGCGAUCGCUAUCACGUCCUGCAGAGCGGCGGCGCGAAGGAGCUUCUGGAGAAGGUGCAGCAGACGGUGAGGGAGAGCGGAGGAGACUUCUACAGCGCCUCGCUCCUCCAGCAGAACCAGAUCCCGACCGUCAGGAGAGACAGAGACCGACCGAACCCCUCGCGCUCUCUGGACGCUCUGAAGGAGGAAGAGGAGGAAGCAACGUCCACCGCGAGGAGCGAGGGUCUGGACUCGGCUCCGGCUCCGGCUCCGCUCCGCUCCGUGUGGCAGACGACGAGCCGCUGCGCUGCACGCGUGCCGAAGCUGCUGGCCGCCGGGGCUCUGACGGGAGCGGCGCUCGGUGUGUUCCUCGCAGGAGCUGUAGGAGGCGCUGUCGGAGCCGUGCUGGGCUCUGUGCUCUCCGAGCUCGGGAGACGGAGACUCAACAAACAGAAAACAGAGUAAGACACGGUGUGGUCUGCUCUGGAGAGACACUGUGAACUGUAAAAUACCGUAUUGUCCCGAAUAUAAGACGACCCCCCUUUUUCCAGAUGUACCUGUUGGAAAAAGGCUUUUUGAAAACCAAAUCUUGUUUUUUUUUUUUCUCUCUCUCUGUAAAACACAUUUAUUCUUAAAUUAUUUUCAUAUUGCAUAUUUUUCCAAUUCUAUUUUUUGUUUUGAAAGUAUGGUAAAUACUGGUAAAAUGUACCAACAAUGACAUUGGAAAAUUUUGAUAUACCAUUGAAAUAACAGGUAGCCCAUCUGAAUUAUAUAACAAUUAGGCUAUCCAACUCAUAGUAGCCUACCAAAAUGUUAUUAUCAGUAGACGUGAAAUCUUAUUGUAGUCUUCAAAUCUGGGUGCUGUCUUAUGUUUUAAAAUCACUUACAGAGGAAGUUUGUUCCCAUCAGACUAACAUGACAGUCACGAUCAUGCUGCUGUAAGCUUUUCUUUUUCAUUUGUUUUCAUUCGCGAUCUUUACAACACACAUUGCAUGACAUAUUUCAUGGCACACUCGUUUUAUGCGUUUUUGGCGCCACCUAUUGUUGUGGCAUGUCAAAGUCUAGACCCUGAAUAUAAGACGAACGCGUUUUUUCAGAUGUAUUUCCAAGGAAAAAACAUCGUCUUAUAUUCGGGUCAAUACGGUAAUUCCCUCGGUUGUUGUUUCUUGUAUCAUGUCAGUCUGUGCAAACUCAAUAUUAUAUGUGACCCUGGACCACAAAACCAGUAAUAAGGGUCAAUUUUUUGAAACUGAGAUUUAUGCAUCGUCUGAAAGCUAUUGGCUGAGAUACAACUAUUUGAAAAUCUGGAAUCUGAGGGAGCAAAAAAACAAAAUACUGAGAAAAUCACCUUUAAAGUUGUCCAAAUGAAGUUCUUAGCAAUGCAUAUUACUAAUCAAAAAUUAAGUUGUGAUAUAUUUACAGUAAGAAAUUUACAAAAUAUCUUCAUGGAACAUGAUCUUUACUUAAUUCUUUACUUUUUUGACAUAAAAGAAAAAUGUAUAAUUUUGAGCCAUACAAUGUAUUGUUGGCUAUUGCUGCAAAUAUAGCUGUGCUGCUUAUGACUGCUGUUGUGCUGCAGGGACACAGAUGUGUCGUAUACUACAGUGUAUUCAUCUUUUGGGUCUCGAGUUUAAAUGUUUCCAGAUCGCUCUGAUUCUUCACCAACAGUUUCAUGAACACAACAACAAAUCAGUUUCAACUCUGAGGGCCUCAUUUAUAAAGCGUGUGUAUGCUCAGAUUUGAUCUUAGAGUGUGUGUGUGUGUGUGUGUGUGUGCGCUUAAAUCCAUGUCAGCACUCAUAUCUGUAAAACUGUCUUUGACGUGGAAAAGUGCUUCGCAUCACGUCAGGGUCCGAGCAGAUGUACGCACUUUUCCUUGUCGGAGUUCUGCAGGUGUUUGGAGAUGUAAGCUGUUCUUUUGUGUGUUUAUGAUCGGUGUUGGGAAGGUUCGUUUGGAAAUGUAUCAAGUUACAGACUGUAACUUACCCUAUUUAAAAUGUAAUAAGUAGUGUAACUAUUUCCAUGACUUUAUUAAAGUAACUGAAUACAUUUGAUUACUUUUCUAAAUUUCUAAUGUUUUCAAGUGUUAAUUAUUUUCAACCAUGUAAAGCAGGCAGGGUUAACCUCACAGUAGAUUUACUGUCAGACUUUCAGAAUCAUUCUUCACUUAAAUUAAGAUUAUAAUAAAUUAAUUUUUAAAGCACAGCCACCACAAAAUAAGACUGACUUUGAGAUCAUUCUGAGGUUAAAUACAGUUUUAAAACCAUAAGAAAUAGCUUCGUAGCUAUGAUGUUUCUGAAAUCAAAUUUUUAUGACAGGGAACACUGACAUCUAACAAUGCCUGGGAAAAACAGUUAAUUAAAAAAAAAAAUAAAGCAUAUACACAAACCCAAAUAGGGAAUAAAACAGUUAUUGAAUGAGCACGUGUCCUGAACUCCUGAAACAUUGCUGUCUCAUAUUUUAAAGCAGUCGCUGCAAUUUAUGAAAGUCGUCGAUUAAAUCUGUAUGUGUUUGAAAAUAUUCAGAUGUAACCCCUUUUGUAAUACUUAACAUUUUCAUAAGUAACUGUAAUUUAAUUACACAGUUACAGUUAUUGAUAAAAAUGACUACAAUUACAUUUAUUUUGUAAUUAAAUGAUGUAAUUUAGUCACAUGUAACUAGUUACUCCCAACACUGUUUAUGACAUGAGUUUACAAGCAGAGCUGAAACCGUUCAGUUAUGAGCAAGUUCAACAUCAUUUGCGAUUCAGAGAUUUCACAUCUGAAAGAAUCUAUGAAUCACAUGUACACAUAUUUGAGAUAUGAUUGUAAGAUCAAAUUUAGGAUGGUGUCUGUGCAACUUUUUAUAAAUGAGGCUCCUUGUCUGUUCUUUGCAUUUUUCACUUGUGUAACCAUACAUUCUGUGCACCAAACAAAAAAUAUAUAUAUAUAUAUUUUCUUGAAAGGAAUAAAGGGACAGAGUUUAUUUAUCAUUAUACAUGUUCCAGACUGACUGGGCAAUAUUUAUAUUUUCAUAAAACUGUUAAUGUAAACAAGUAAUAUUCACACUUCAUAUAUAGAUUUAAAUAUAUAAUAAACAGAACUGUAUCUUUCAAAGAAAUGUGAAUGUGUUCUGCCUCGGCUGCGUGGGCUUCCCCAAAGAUGUGCUGGACACAUUAAAGUGACCGUAGCUCUGAAUGAGUGCGAGUCUGUGGUGGACUGGUCAUUUGUCCAGUGUUUCCACUGCCUGAUAGACUCCAGUCCUCCACGACCUCAGAGCACUUUAGAGAACGCUGUACUCUGAUGGAAGCAAGAGUUCAUUUAAAAUGACACCGUUAUUCUUAUCCGUGCUAUAUACUAAUACAGUCAGGCUUCAUCCUGAAGCUCUACACAUCACAGGAAUCCUAAAAAAUAAAUAAAAACAUCCCUUAUUUUAUUUUUUUAAAAAUUUGUUGGAUAUGCAAUAUAUUUUCAAGACUUACUGUGGUGAUCUAGUUUGAAGCUUUCCAGAGUCAGACACGGCUAAUAAACUGACUCGAGCAGACAAAUAACACUCCAAACCUCCGUCACAGCUCUUUCUAUAAAAAUACAUUUCAAUAUCACAUGUUGGUAGUUUUGUAGUGAUUAAAUGUUACAUAAAACUAUUGGUUGCACUUAAUUUUACAGUAUGUGUACUUACAUGUACCUAAGAAAAUAAUGGGAAACAUAAGGUAACUGCAUGCAUUAGAGGUGGGUGUGGGGUUGAAUACAAUUUUUUUAAUGAAAUUUGAACAUUUGCCUCCAGAACUAACAUUCAGCAUCAUUUCAGCAGAAGGUUUUUGAAAUCGCACUUUCAGCGUCACACUUUAGUAUAGGGACCAGUUUUCACUAUUAACUAGUUGCGUAUCAGCAUGCCUAUUAACAUAUUGGCUGUUUAUUAGUACUUAUAAAGCACAUAUUCUGCAUGAGCAUAUUCUACAUCCCUAAUCCUAGCUAGUACCUAAACUUAACUACCGCACUAACUCCUAAUUUGCUGCUUAUUAAUAGUUAGAGGCAAAAGCCAUAGUUAAUAGCUAGUUAACAGUGAAAAUUAGACCUUAAAAUAAAGUGUGACCAAAUUCAGUCUCACGUAUGUCCAAACACAGGUUGGGUAAUCGUGCGUGCGUGUGUGUGUGUGUGUGUGUGUGUGUGUGUGUGUGUGUGUGUGUGUGUGUGUGUGUGUGUGCGAGUGUGCGUGUGUUUUUGUGAAAAGUCAGGACAUAGAUGUGUAUAAUGAUGAGGGUAUGACAGGUAUUACAAGGUGAAGGUGGCAUCUCAGGACAUUGACCCAUGUCCCCACUUUUCAAAACGCUUAUAAAUCACUCAGAAUGAGGUUUUUUGGGGAAAGUUGAAAUGCACAGUCUCCUGUAAGGGGUAGGUUUAGGUGUAGGGUUGGUGUAGGGCAAUAGCACAUACAGUAAGUACAGUAUAAAAACCUUUACGCCUUUGGAAUGUCCCCACUUUUCACAAAAACGAACAUGAGUCUCUGUGUGUGUCUCUGUGUUUGUGUGUGUGUGUGUGACCUCGGCCAGAGGAUGUGCUCAGUGUCAUCGGGGAUGUCGUAACCGCGGUAACCACUGCAGCAUGAUGAAACGGUGCAGGUGGCCGAGCGCAGUGCCAGCGCUGAGGGUGUGGUACCCAUAAUGCCCUGCUCCGGGGCAUCGGGGGGGGGGGUGUUAUCUGUGUGUCUCACACCAGCCGUCUGUCCCCCAGAGCCUCGGUAUCAGAGCGCAGAGAGACGGGAAACACUGGCGUAUCCCCGAACCACGUGAGCGUCUGUGGCGUGUCAUUCCACCCUGAAUUACAGCGUUACGCAAGGCUCCCUUCCUGCCAUGCGGUUCACACGAGAGAGUGUGUGUGUGUGUGUGUGUGUGUGUGACGGAGGGCUGAAAUGGAGAGGAUGAUUUUCACUUUUUCUUUCUUCCCACCAUUUCAUAACUGUGCGGCCGCAAGCGCUCUGUGGCGGGAAGUCGGUUGGCUGGCGAUGAGACAGCAGCAACUGUAGGAGCUUCCUGGACACCUGAUACACCAAGAAGCAGUCAAACCCACAGCUGACCUCUGACCCCUGACCCCCCACACACACACACACACACUCCGCUGCCACAGCUGCAGUGGGAAAAACAGCUCGGCCGAACAGCGUCAGAGUUUUUCCAUCCCGCUCGUAUUCUCACGCUUCGGUCAUGGAUAAACUGUGUCCGGCUACAGGACGGGCCUUUUUUUAAACUAAAAUUAUUUUCCUGUCCCGGCACUCUAUGAUGAAAAAUCCUGGAAAAUCCUGAUCACACAAGUGCCAGAGGACGUCCCAUCUGCUCCGAGGGACACAAUAAGUGCAGAAGACACAUCCACCCUGGAGAACGAGUCGAGAACAGAUGCAGCAUGCAGUAAAACAACAGCUUCACAGCAUCGGUCGGGUUUAGUGACCGCUUAAACCCCCAAAAACUGACUACACACUUAACAAUAAAGGUGCUUCACGAUGCCACAGGAGAACCCUUCUGUCUAAAUGGUUCCAUAAAGAACCUUUAACAUCUGAAGAACCUUUCUGCUUCAUUGUGGCGAAAGAAGGUAAGAAAUUAUGAAAAGGUAAGAAAGAGAUCUUUGACGAACGGUUCUUUGUGGAACCAAAUAUGGUUCUUCUAUGGCAUCGCUGUGAAGCACCUUUAUUUUUAAGAGUGUAUACUAGUAAACACACAUUGACAUGAAAUCAAGACACUGACAACAUGUUUUUCACGACAUGCCUAAUAAUAAAAAAAAAAACAACGUAACAUUUAUAUUUGAGCUACUUCAUACGAUUUCAAUGUUUUGUUUUGUUUUAAUACGGAGCAUGAGAGGUUUUCUGCGGAGCUGGUGUUAGUUACUAAACCCAUUUAGACUACAUCUACAUUAAUCCGGAUACAUUUUAAAAUGUCCACAAUAGCGUUUUCCAGAAGUUUCUCAUCCACACUGAACGUCAGAAAACGUUAAAUCUACUUUACUGCGCAUGCGUAAAGCCUCAAAAAGCUGAGACGAUACAGACGAAACAUGAUACGUUUUCAUGCAGUUCUUCUGGCAGAAUUAUUAUAUUUAGGAAAAUAUCUCAGGAUUCAGCGACGCGUCCAGGUCGCACUCACUCAUGACUAUAUGACUAAAACACAACUGCACUCAUGUUUUGCCGCAAAUAGCAAUCGCGAGUCAAUUUUCUGUCAUCUUUGCAGGACUGUGAUACGAAGAGUGUACAAAGUAACAUAGCAACAGUGUGAAAGUGAAUAGCACAUAACAGGCACAAUGCCAGAUCUGUUGGAACAAUGUGUGUCACAUGACUUUUCAAAAGCCUGUUUUCAGUCCACACUGCAGCACAAAAACAGCAUUUUCAAAAAGCUCCAUUUUCCUUGACAAAAACAUCUCAGUGUGGACGCAAGGCCAAAACGGAGAGAGAGAAACAUGCUUUUCAAGGCCUUAGUGUGGACAAGGCCUUAUCCAGUUCAUAAACUACAAAACUACAUUUCCCAUCAUUCUCUGUGGAUCACUGACACACACAACGCUCUUCAUUGUGUUGCAC